GUUACCGCGACUUCAUUCUUUGGUCCUGCAAGUUUCGCGUGUUCGUUUUCUCAUUGUUGCAUAUAGAAGGUGCACAUCUGCGUUCUUGUACUGUCUGGGUCCUUUUUCCUCCUUCUGUUUUGCUUCCUCGGUCCCUCGUUCAGCCUAUCGCCAGGGUUGUCGUGUCCGGCUUUUACCUAGAAUAUCCCUCGAGCCCCGAAUACUUUUGUUUAGGAGCCUGUCUCAUUCUCUCCAGAUCCCAAUCGCUUCAGGAAAUGAGUACUGUAACGUCGCCCACGCGUCGUGUGCUGGGCGAAAAAGAUCCCAACGCGCUGUUAUCCCCGACAAAGGCAACAAAGACAAGCCUGGUAGAAGGUACCACCCUCAGUCCUCGAUCGUUGAAGCGCUUCGCAUCUCCCAUCAGUCCUCGAGCCGGACAGAAGCGAAAGAUUGUCGAAACAUGCAACAACAACGAAGAGGCGGAAGACUCUCAGCAGCAGCAGACGAACAACUCUCAACUGUUCUUGUCACAGCAUACCGACAUCUUGAGUAGCGAUGGACCACUAUCAGAGCACCGAGACGCAUCUCAGUCUCCGAUGGCUGCCACCCAGCACAAGUCGAUGUCUAACACCACUCUCACGUCAUGUCAAGCAUCGCAAGAAGAAGAAUCUGCUCAACUGGAAUCCGAAUUCCAGAUCCACGACGAACCGAGCCAGCAGACCUUGGACAAGAUGCACGCCGUGUCAUUCACACAGAGUACAUCUCAGAUGGUAGCACUUGUUCGCCCUACGUUCAACCAGGAACCAUCCCAAGCCAGCCUCAGCAUGUCGAGCCUGAUUGACUUUGAAAACAACUUUUCUUCUCAAAGUGACGAGAUGCAAAUGCUGGAGGAGCAUGACACGACAGAACCUCGAGCUCAACCGCCCAAACCCGAAGGAGAUACACGAAAGGAGAUGCUGCUCGAAAAAGCAGAAACACUCCGGACGCGAUUACAACUAGCCAUCUACAAGAUUCAAACGAACCAAAUAUCCAAACCCUUCUGGCAACUCACAGUGCCCAAACACGCACCAUCGUCGCCAGAGAUACCCGCAAUGUCGUCGUCAUCUCCGAGAGCAGGGUCUUCGUCGACUCUACGGCCAAGUUCCGUCCAUCGACAUCCUGUGUCCGCCAUCAGUCCAGAAUCACGAGUUGCCAUCGCGCGCGCUAGAGCGACCAUGAAGUCCAAACCUCCAGUACGACCUCUGCGGAGUCUAGCAGUGCCGACCAUCGCACCCACGGCUUUCUCAGCACGGUGGGCAGAAGACAUGGAGGGAGACAGCCACAGCCAACCGGCCGAAGAAGAUAUCCCAAGCAGUCCUCCAGCAGCAUCAACAUCCGAAGCCGAAGAUGAAGAUCUGGACGACGAGGUGCGCAUCAAGCACGAGCAUAGGGAUCCGAGAAGCGACGAUCAUUCCGAGCAAGCACCGCCAAAGACGCCCGAGCUCCUUUCGAGGAGGAGCGGGACGAGAACAGAUCACGGACACAACAAUCAAAACGAAGAAGACGUAGCGCUCCAAAACAGCCACCUUCGACCCCGGGGGCUCACCAGUAGUGUCAUCAAGGGCGAGGCUGCGAACAGUCUGCUUCAACUUGUCCGAGGAGGAACACGAGGAGCCACGUCUUCGGGUGUUGGCAUGUGUGGAUUGUGAUAUAACCACAUUAUAUUUCUGCUGAUAUGCUCGGUCGAUGUAUUGUAUGCAGUAUCACGCUCGGAGGGACAUGUAUCUGUUUUUUCUCCUCCAUCAUUGAAGCAGCCACGAGAGAGAGAGUUCAACCUGCAAUUUGAAAACCAUGGGGGCGACAGAGCCCGAAACUUAAAAGAGAAAUAGAAGAGAGAGAAUGACCAAAACAAAAGCCUCUACCAUAGGAAGCAUCAUAGGGUAUCAUCUCAUG